ACUAGAGUUGUGCAGUCGGAACGGAGUCGGAACUUGGUAUCGUAGGGCGGAAUCAGAAUCGGAAUCGUGAACCGAGAGUCGAGAAUCGAGAGGCGGACCAGACCCAUCCAUUCUCGUGAAAUGGGAAAAUGUGCUAGAGAUGUUUGCUGGACGACCACGGGGCAUGCUGCAGCAUGCAUGAAACCAAGCAAAUGAAUUUAAUUGAAUUCCAAGUGAAACGAAACGCAACGAAAUCAAAUGACAAAAUUUAUUAAAUUAAACAAGACGUGAAAAGUCAGUCCCCGCAGCACACGACGACGCGUCGUCCGGCCCCACGAAACGGAAGUCUCCGAAAGCACACGCCCACACAAAAGAAAUAGAUAUAAUACUUCCCAAAUAAACUAAGCGAAAAAGCCUCUCCCCACAUCCAGCGACAAUGGGCAAGGAUCAGGAGUUCCUGGAGGCGGCGCGCAACGGCAACAUCAGCCACAUCGAGAAGGUCCUCACACAGAAGGCUAAGAGGGCCGGACCCCUUGCCAGCCUACGCCGUGGCACUGGCGUCAAUGUCCAGGACAGCGGCGGCUACUCGGCCCUCCAUCAUGCCUGCCUCAAUGGCCACGAGGAUAUAGUGAGGCUUCUGCUGGCCAACGAUGCCUCGCCCAAUCUUCCAGAUUCCCGUGGCUCAUCGCCCCUCCAUCUGGCCGCCUGGGCCGGCGAGACGGACAUUGUGCGAUUGCUCCUCACCCAUCCGUAUCGACCGGCCACUGCCAAUCUGCAGACCAUUGAGCAGGAAACGCCGCUGCACUGCGCCGCCCAGCAUGGACAUACCGGUGCCCUGGCCCUCCUCCUGGGCCACGAUGCGGAUCCCAAUAUGCGCAACUCUCGGGGAGAAACCCCCCUAGAUCUGGCCGCCCAAUACGGUCGCCUGCAGGCGGUCCAAAUGCUGAUCCGCGCCCAUCCCGAGCUGAUCGCCCACCUGGCGGCCAUGGAGAGGGGUACACGGUCGCCCUCGUCGCCAGCCUCCCCCAGUCGGCCAAUCUUUCCACACACCUGCCUUCAUCUGGCGAGUCGCAACGGACACAAGAGCGUCGUGGAGGUGCUGCUGGCGGCGGGCGUGAGCGUCAAUCUGCUGACGCCCUCGGGCACGGCCUUGCACGAAGCAUCGCUAUGCGGCAAGGAGAAUGUUGUGAGGACCCUACUGAAGGCUGGCAUCGAUCUAUCAGCCACGGACAACGAAGGACGCACUGCCCUGGACAUCCUGCGCGAGUUUCCGCCGCAUGUGACCAAGCACAUAGUGGCAGUGAUCAACAACUUUCGCAACCAAAUGGACACCGAUGAGGUCGAUGAGGUCAUCUACAGACAGCACGCGGGGCCGCCGCCCCUCUCAGGGCGGGGGGGCCAGCAUAUGAAGCUGCAGCAGCAGCAGCAGCAGCCACAGCACAGCAGCAAUCACUACCACUUCAACUCGAACAACCACUUGCUGAACCACUCGCACUCUAUGCAGCAGUCGGUCUACAGCAAGCAACGGAUGAGUGCCGGCAAUGGCGGGGGGCCCUACAAUGGAGGCAAGUCCCUGGACAGCGCCCUGCAACCGGAGGAUCGUUUCUACCAGGAUCUCAACGCGCACUCGCCGCUGCACAGCCAAAACGAAAUGGUCGGAGGCUACAGUGUCAGUCCUUCGUCGUCGCUGAGCAGCUUUGAGCCGGCUUCGGUCUCACCCCGAUCCCGCUGCUCCACCGGGGGCGUUGGUGGACAGCCCCUCCAGAUGAGCACCUUUGCCCCGGCUGGCCCGCCAAAGAAGCCGCCCCGUCGGAAUCUCUCCGUGUCGCCCACACAUGCCGGAUCGGGCCAGCAGUUCAGCUACAGCUCCCCCUGCUCCAGCCAGGGACAGCAGCAGCAGAAUCUGCGCCGCCCGCCACCCACCGACAGUCCGUACUCGCAUCAGAGCCAUGGCAGCGUCGGUGGCAUGAGCUUCGAUGAGACGCAGCUGAGGGAAAGACAGCGAAGCGAUCGACUCUAUGCCAGUGCCAGACAGAGUACACGCUCCGCCAUAGCCGGGGGAGUGAGCCUCAGUUCCAGCAAUGACAUGCUGGAUCGACAGUGCAGCAGCUCGGAGCUGAACAGCGAGACAAGUGUCCCGAAUUCCAGCGGAGAGUCGCCAGCGACCAGCUCCAUGAAACGCCCUAUUCCGGCACCGCGAAGUGCGGCCACCAAGCUGUCCAAGGAGUUGCUCAAGUCCUGCGAGAGUGCCACCCUCAAGUCGUACAAUCCCAACCGGAAGCUCAAGCGGAAUCGUAACAGCAGCGCCAAUGUGGCCAGCAAAUCGAGUGGAGAUGCCGCCGACGAGAACUGCGAGGCCAAGCAGCAGAUACCCAGCAGUCCCACCCACUACAAGCAGCCGCCGACGCCAGAUCAUCCUCCGCCCAGUUCCAGCCAGGCGGAGCGCACCAUCCACGAACGGAUACGUCCGCUGAGUCAGGAGUACAAGCGUCGCUCGGCCCUGCUGCAGUUGCAGGCGGCACAGCAGCUGAUGAUCGAGACGGGGUCAUCGCCAUCGAAGCUACUGCCCACGCUGGGCACGCCCGGCUACGACUACGAUGAUGCGGUCACGGUGGUGCCCCGCUGUCCGGCCCCCAGCUCGGGCUCUUUGAGUUCGAGCAUCUCUUGCUCCUCGGAGCACAGCCUGUCCCACUCCACGGACUAUGUGGAGGAGUUUGUGAGUGAUGUGCCCUUCGCGGGUUUGCUCAAGGGCUCCGUGUCACAGCCCAGAGAGCUGCAACCCACGGUGCAGGUGCUCGUGCAGGUCCCAGAGGAGGGAAAACCUCAGCAGCAGCAACUGCAGAAGCCCAUGCCCCGUGUGCGCCCCCCCUUACCCACCAAGCCAGCUGUUCCGGAGAGAAAGUUCAUCAAGCCCCCGACCACGCCCACUAAUCAAGCGCAGCAGCAACAGCAGUCACCGCAAACGCUGGAGGCCAAUGGCAACUCUGCAAUGGACGCAGCGGCUGCUCCCUUGGCACCUCGCCGUUCCCCCUCGAAAUCGCCCACAAAAUCAGCUGGGAAAUCCCCAGCCAAGUCUCCGGGCAGCGGGCACUCGGCUGCCACACGGAAUUCGAUCAAUCUGCUCAGCCCCUUCAAUGCGGAGGAGGCGCGCAAGAAGAUCUCUGAGAUUAUUGAGAACUUUGGCAGCGGCAUCCUCAACACCAGCAUCACGCCCACACACGACAUUGAGCUGGAUUUCGAGGACAUGGAGGUGCCCAACGAGCGUCGGGAAUUGGCCACGCGUCUGCGCACCGCGGGACUGCUGCAUCUGGAGAGGAUGCUCUUCGAGAAUGGCUAUGAUAGCUACAAAUUUGUGCACAAUGUCUUCGAGGAGCCGGAUAUUCCCUUGUUGCACAUUCCCGAGCGUGAUGCACCGAAGCUGCUGCGCUUCGUCCAGACCCUUCCGCCUGCCGAGUUCCAGCCGCAGGUCCCCAUCAAAACGCAGCAGGAGAACAAGCAACAGGGCGUAGCCACGCUCCAACAGUGGCUCCACAGCAUCGCCCUGCCCGAAUACCUAGAGUUCUUCAACAAACAUCUGUACAACACCAUCGAGAGCGUGUGCGGUGUGUGGGAUGUGGAGCUGCAGACGGUGCUGGAGAUCAACAAGCUGGGCCAUCGCAGACGCAUCCUGCAGUCCCUGGCAUACAUCCGACAGAUGCGGGACAGCGACUCCAAGGCGUCCCUGAAGACGCCGCUGGGCGAAAACAACGAAACCAAUCAGCUGACAACGAACGGCAAUGGCAACAAGGAGGCGGUAGCAGCCAGGAUACCCCCCAAUCCUGUGCAGCAUCGCAAUUCCAUCACGGGUUAUCGCAAGAGUCGACCUGCACCACCACCACCGGCUCCUCCGGCGAGGAAAGCGGUGCCAUCCACUGCACCACUCCACAUACGGGCACCCUCAGAGCUGCUGCUGGGUCUGCCAGCCAAUCUCCGGACCACCGAAUGGCGCCACUCGGCCCAGACUUUGCUCAACGAGCACAUCAAUUACGAGGUCCAGUACCUCGGCUCAACGGUUGUGAAAGAACUACGUGGCACAGAGUCCACUAAGAAGUCCAUACAAAAGCUGAAAGCCUCUAGCGAAGGUGAAGGCAAAUCGGGGUCACCACUCUCGCUGGCCAUCAGCCAUCGCGGGGUAGAGUUCAUCGAUGUGAGCAGCAAGCGCAUCAUCUGCGAGCAUGAGAUACAGAACAUCAACUGCGCCUGCCAGGACUCGGAGGAUCUGCGCCACUUUGCCUACAUCACCAAAGAGCAGGAUCUGCACUACUGCCAUGUGUUUCAGGUCCAAAGCACAGAUCUGGCAAGUGAGAUUAUACUGACGCUGGGACAAGCCUUCGAGGUGGCCUACCAGUUGGCGCUGCGCGAUGGGAUUGCCGCCACGCCAGCGCUGCUCCUGGAUAAUGGCAUGCUGCUGGGCGAGUACUGUGGUGGGAAAUAGGGCGAGGACCUGGCUGCAGUUCAAGCCCAAGCAAAGCAACCACCGGCACCGGCACCGGCACCACUCAGGCCAGGUCGCAGUCUCAAUCUAAAUCUCAGCCACAAUCCCAAACACAGUCGCAGUCGCAGUCUCUGCUCCAAGCUACUUUGCCUCACCAACUAUGGGGCCCUGUUCAAGCUCUAGUUAGAUGGAAUUUUUCUAAGAUGGAAACUACACAACUUCCGGAUCGUAGUUCUUGCAUUUUAUACGAAAUGUUUUCCCAAAAGAAACAUUUUCAAAUGGCCAAAGAACAACUACAAAACGAAUAGAACAAAAAGACUCUUAACAAAAGGCACAAUUUUUUCAAUUUAAAAGAAACGCACAACAGAACACAAGGCUUUUUUCGAGCUUCAAAACUUCCACAAAAAAUGAAAAAAAAAAACCAAAACUUCUUUCCUUUCAUCGGAGAUUAUCAUUAGAUGCAUUUUGAAUUUUUUCCCGUAAA